CUAAUCUAAUCUCACCUUUCUUACAAAAACCUAAAACCUUUCUCUUAUUACACAAACCUAAAACUCCCUUAUUUCUGAAAAUGUCGGAAGAGUUCGACGAAUCUGAGAUCAUUUUCUCCGACAAUUACUUCCCAAUUCGUCGGAACGAUGACGUUAUCGAGAAAGAGAACCGUCCCGUUGAGUUCCGAGAAAACUCCGAAAAUAGAAUGAGAAACACAUAUAGGCGGAGUAAAACGACGCCGUUGCCUUCACCGUCGUUUUUCUCGACGUCGCUUCCGGUGAAUAUUCCGGGAAUGAAGUAUUCUGAGGAUGAGGAAUAUUCAGAAGAGGGAGGAAGAAAAAUGAUUCCGCCGCAUCUGAUCGUUGGACGGAGGAUGGAAAGAGGUCAAAUGGCGUUUUCCGUUUGUACAGGUAACGGGAGGACUCUCAAAGGACGAGAUCUGAGACGGGUUCGUAAUUCGGUUCUCAGGUUAACCGGUUUUUUGGAGGUUUGAAUAUGAACCGGUUUUGGAUUUAUUUAAUUUUUCGUCUUCCAAAUUUUUAUUAUUUAGCGGAAGAAAUUCAGUUGUCUGAUAUUGUUUUUAGUUUAAUCACUUGAGUGGAUGUCAAAAGGAAAAUGUCAAAAGAAAAAAGAACAUUUAAUUCCUUGUUUGUUUAGUUAAAUUCUUAGUUUUGAUUUCUCUCAAAUGUAAUAGAAAAACAGAAAAAGUUUCAAGUUACUUCUUUUUGGUCAGUCUCAGAUUAUUUAUGAUAAUAAUGGUUUUAGUUGUGUUUUGC